AUGAGCCAGCUACUCACGGCGCGACAGGCGGAGGAGCUACACAAGUCAAUCAUCGCCUACUUGGCCUCCGCGAACCUGCCCCAUAGCUCCGCAGCGCUACGAGAAGAACUCGGCGAUUCGAUCACCGUGGAUGAUAGCACACUGAAGAAAUACGAGGGACUGCUAGAGAAGAAAUGGACAAGUGUGGUCCGAUUACAAAAAAAGAUUAUGGAAUUGGAAUCACGAUGCGCUGCUCUCCAGACCGAAAUCGAUACCGCAACACCUACAUCACUGUCUCGACGUAACCAGGAUCCGGCAUCUUGGCUGCCUCGCGCCCCUCCACGCCACGACCUGGAGUCGCACAGGCUACCGGUGACUUGUGUCGCCUUCCACCCUAUAUUCUCUUCUCUCGCCUCUGGGUCAGAAGACACGACUAUCAAGAUUUGGGACUGGGAGUUAGGCGAAUUAGAGCGGACAAUUAAAGGCCACACGAGGGCGGUCCUGGAUGUGGAUUAUGGCGGACCGCGAGGGGGCACGCUCCUUGCGUCGUGCUCCUCUGAUCUCACGAUUAAACUGUGGGAUCCUGCGGAUGAAUAUAAAAAUAUCCGCACCCUACCAGGACAUGAUCACAGUGUAUCAGCCGUGCGAUUUAUCCCAUCUGGGGCCGCAGGGUCCCCGAUGUCCGGGAAUCUGCUGGUAUCCGCCUCUCGUGAUAUGACAUUGCGGAUCUGGGAUGUGACCACUGGAUAUUGUGUAAAGACAUUGCAAGGACAUGCCGCAUGGGUGCGUGAUGUAGCACCAUCACCAGACGGCCGGUUCCUCUUUUCGGCGGGAGAUGAUCAAGUCCCGCGUCUCUGGGAUGUUUCAUCUGGAGAGACAAAAUCUACUUUCUUGGGCCACGAGCAUGUCAUCGAAUGUGUCGCAUUUGCUCCCCCGACGAGCUACCAAUACCUGGCUCCUCUCGCAGGACAAAAGAAGCCGCCGCCCACAUCAUCCUCGGCAGAAUUCGUGGCCACAGGCUCGCGUGACAAGACUAUUCGUCUCUGGGAUGCCCGUGGUAAUUUGAUCAAGACCCUCGUCGGUCACGACAACUGGGUGCGCGCGCUAGUAUUCCAUCCUGGAGGAAAAUAUCUACUCUCAGUCUCAGAUGACAAGACAGUGCGAUGCUGGGAUUUCACACAAGAAUGCAAAUGUGUACGCACAAUCGCCGCUCAUGAUCACUUCAUCAGUUCAAUUCGAUGGGCACCUCCAUUGAUCAAAGACAGUGGCGCCAAAGGCGAAGCCAACGGUGCCGAGGGUGCCGGCUCAAAUGGGGUGAAAGAAGAUCCCACUGCAGGCAAGAUGUCCAUUCGAUGCGUUCUUGCAACCGGCAGCGUGGAUCUCAAAGUCCGGGUCUUCGCAUCGUGA